AUGGGUGUUUUUGAGUGCUCUGUGAAAGCAAAUGACAGAAACACACAGGCAACUUUCUAUGUGCUGAAGGGCAGUGGACACUCUCUUUUGAGCUAUGACACAGCUAGCAAGCUUGGCCUAAUACAGAUUAUCAAUGCAGUGGACCCCACCAUUAGCAGUGUCUCAGACGAGUUGAUUGACAGUCAUCCUGAACUGUUCACUGGUAUAGGCAAGCUCAAAGAUUUCCGUGUGAAGCUACACAUCAAUCCUGAGGUACAGCCAACGUGUCAAUCACACAGAAGGGUUCCUUUCCACGUCCGACAGAAGGUCGAAGAAGAACUACGAAAGCUGGAAGAAGACGACAUAAUUGAACGAGUGACCGGGCCAACACCCUGGGUUUCUCCAAUUGUUACCCCGCCGAAGCCUAAGGACCCCGAUCAAGUACGGAUCUGUGUUGACAUGCGUCAAGCAAAUGUGGCAAUACAACGUGAACGUCACCUCACGCCCACAAUGGACGACGUGAUCCAUGAGCUAAACGGGGCACGGGUAUUUUCAAAAUUAGAUCUCAACAAAGGCUACCAUCAGCUAGAGCUGCAUCCGGAUAGCCGAUACAUCACAACCUUUACAACUCACCUGGGCCUGAGACGGUAUAAAAGACUGAGUUUCGGCAUAUCAUCAGCUGCUGAGGUCUUCCAGAACACCAUUUGCCAGGUAUUGCACGGCAUCCCUGGUGUCAAGAAUUUAAGCGAUGACAUCAUUGUGUACGGCUCAUCACAAAAAGCCCAUGACGAUGCCUUGCGAGCAGUCUUUUCCAGACUCAAAGAAUGUGGCCUCACAUUGAAUCGCAACAAGUGCGAGCUUAACAAGCAACGACUGGAAUUCUUUGGCUUUAUCUUUUCAGCUGAUGGCAUCUCAGCUGAUCCUCGCAAAGUGGCAGCCAUACAUAAAGCAUCAGAUCCCAAAGACCCUGCCGAAAUCAGAAGCCUUCUCGGUAUGGCAAACUAUUGCUCCAGAUUUAUUAAAGACUUCUCCACCAUCACUGCACCACUCAGGGAGCUCACCAAGAAAGGAGCACCUUGGAAUUGGGGUGCUGAGCAUUCAGCUGCACUACAGACACUCAAGGAGCGUCUCACCAGCGACACUACCAUGUCCUAUUUUGACCCGAAAAAGGACACUGAACUCGUUGUGGAUGUCAGCCCAUGUGGGUUGGGUGCGAUUCUUUGUCAAACAGACAAGGGAGAGAAGCAUGUCAUAGCGUAUGCCAGUCGGGCACUGACAGAUGUUGAAAGGCGCUACUCACAGACAGAGCGCGAGGCCCUAGCGAUCAUCUGGAGCUGUGAGCACUUCCACCUAUACCUCUACGGUAAUGAGUUUACUCUUGUGACUGACCACAAGCCAUUGGAGCUGAUAUGGAAUAACCCAAAGUCAAAGCCACCUGCUCGGAUAGAGCGAUGGGGACUCCGACUCCAACCAUACGACUUUAAGAUUGUGUACAGAAAGGGGGCAGACAACCCUGCUGAUUACAUGUCUCGACAUCCAAUACCAAUUCAGACAUCCGGGAGCACAAGAGCCUCCAAGAUUGCAGAAGAAUAUGUCAACUUCAUAUCACUGCUGGCUACACCGAAGGCAAUGAUUCUUGACCACAUCAAAGCAGAGACACUGAAAGACGGCACUCUGCAACAGGUCAGUGCACACAUUAAGAACAAUUCGUGGCACACCAUUACUGACAAUGCACCGCAAGCUGCUACACUUCAGCAGUACAAACAUGUCAGAAAUGAACUCACACUGUCAGCAAGUGUGGACUUAAUACUCAGAGGCUGUAGGAUUGUGAUACCCUCAUCUCUGCAACACCAUGUCCUGGAACUUGCCCAUGAAGGCCAUCAAGGCAUUGCCAAGACAAAGGUCCUGCUCAGAGAGAAAGUGUGGUUUCCAGGCAUUGAUCAGCGAGCAGAGGCACUUAUCAGAAACUGUCUAGCCUGUCAGGCCAACACUCCAGUCACCAGGACUGAGCCACUAAAAAUGUCCAAUCUACCUGAAUCACCAUGGCAUUCAGUAAGUGCAGAUUUCUAUGGACCUCUCCCAUCUGGAGAAUAUCUGAUGGUGAUUGUAGAUGACUACACACGUUAUCCAGUAGUGGAUAUUCUGCACUCCAUUUCAUCCAGUGUCGUGAUACCACGCAUGGACAACAUCUUCUCAAUGUUCGGGAUACCACACGUUGUGAAGACAGACAAUGGACCACCAUUCAGUGGUUCCCAGUUUUCCCAGUUUGCUCAACACAUGGGAUUCCAUCACAGAAAAAUAACACCGCUCUGGCCACAGGCCAAUGCAACAGCAGAAAGAUUCAUGCGUACGAUUGGGAAAGUGAUUCGGAUCGCCCCAAUGCAAGGUAUCCCAUGGAAGCAACAAAUGAACAUCUUCUUACGUGAAUACAGAGCUACACCACACUGCACGACAGGAAGAUCUCCUGCAGAGUUGAUGUUCCAACAGCGUUUGAACACUAAGAUAGUCAGUGACUAA